CGAAAGAGUGGCCGGUGCUGCUGCAGAGUGCAGAGCAGUGGGGAAGACGAGAGACAAUGCGGGGAAUGGUUUUAUCAUCGUCCAUUCUUCCUUUCCCAAAGCUUAGGUGGAGAUCUCAUUCAACCAGAGAAGUUAUAAGUGCAAAUGCACCUCCAUUGGUGGUUUGUUCCAGCGCCUCCGAUGGUUCUAGCAUUCUGCUUCAAGCUGCAAGGCAGACAGUGGAUUCUUUUGUGGAAAAUGGAAUGGUGAUAGGGUUAGGGUCCGGUCUGGCCUCUGGCUUUGCUAUUCAAUAUCUGGGGCGGAAACUUCGAUCAGGAGCCCUUAAAGACGUUGUUGGUGUUCCCAUGUCUGUUGACAGUGCAAGUGAAGCAGCGAAGGCAGGUGUCCCCAUGGAUCAAUAUGCUGAUGGGUCUAAAAUUGACUUAGCAUUUGAUGAUGCUGAUGUUAUGGAAGAAGAUACACUUUCUGCUGUCAUUGGACGUCAAAAACUGCAGGCUGUUGAGUCGAUUAUUCAAGAGAAGACCAUUCUGAGAGCAGCUAGGAAACUAGUCUUCAUCAUUGCAGCCAAACACUAUCAAGGGGCUGUGGAGGGAUCAAUUCCAGUUCUAAUUGAAUCUAUCAACUGGUUGGACACUGCUGAAGAAAUAGAUGACAUGUUUCUUGGCGACGCAGAGGUUUGGAGAAGACCAUCUGUGGGAUAUGCAGGUCCGUUGGGAGGUGAUUUUCCACUCAUCACUAAAGAAGGGCAUAAUGUCCUUGAUGUUAUUUUUACGUCGCCAAUUCAAAACCUAGCUGAGGUGGCUGAUCGUCUUGAUGAAGUGGUUGGUGUAGUUGACCAUGGUGUCAUUUCCAGAAUACCGUGCACGGCAGUCAUAGCCACAGAAAGUGGCCCGCGCAUUGUUGACAAUGCCCAUGCCCUUGAAAGAGCUUUUAAAUCCUGACGAGGUUGUUGGCCUAUCCCACAAUGAAUGCUGCUGGUUUACAUCGUUAGUCAACAGAAUGUUGGCCAGUAAAUUUAUUUAUUGGUGCUACAGUGUGCAGAAAUACCAGACAAAUUUUGGCGAAGUUUCUGUAUGUAAAAGGGUUGGUAUAUCAUCACCAGUAAGGUGAUUUUAGCUGCUGACGGCAAAUGGAUUUAAACUUUGUGUAUUAAUUUGAAAGUGUUGUUUGUCAAAAUUGGGGUCAAGUCCCGCAUAGCAUUGACGUAAAUGUUUGGUUAUGAGUUGAGGCAGAUAUUGUUAAAUGUAAACUUCACUUUGUCUGACUUAUUCUAAGGUUGUUCCCUUCCCAAGUCUUGUUAAAUGUACAGACUACCUGCGAUGCCAACACCUCUUUUAACUAA